AUGAAGAGAUCCGUGGUUAUCUCGGAAAACCACUCAAACUUACCCGAUGAUCUUCGACAAUCAAUGGUCAGUUAUGUUGUGGCGCCGAGGAAUCCUGUGUUGAUUAAAGAACCAGAAAAUGAGAAUUUUGAGAAGAUCAAGCCAUCUCAGUACAUUUCAUCCAUGAGUUUGGACACAAACGACCGUUUUAACACGAAUCGCCACAUGAAAGUCCCCCAAAUCGUCGAACUCCUGGAACUCGGCGAUAAAUCGUACCAGAAAACCUGUCGAGUAGACCUUGACCAGACCAUUUUCCAGCCUUAUCCUUCUGAUUUCGUGUUCCAGAAUUUCAAGCCAUUUCAAACUUAUGAGCUUCCUCUUGAAUUGCGAAACAAGGACGCAGUACCAAGACUCGUAAGGGUCAAAGCAGAGGACUCGCCGUAUUUCAAAGUGAUUGCUCCGCCAGAUCAUGCGAAGAAAGUGGCUCCUGGAAUGGCCAGUACUUACAAACUCCGGUUUAUUCCAGACGCAGUGAAGGAUUAUUUUCAUGAAAUCAUCGUGACAUCAGAGCGGGAGAAGUUCAUCAUUCCCAUCAAAUGCAUUGGAGCAAGAGGAGUCGUUGAUUUUCCUGAUGUGAUCGACGUCGGCGACUCCCCAGUCAAAAUGAGUCGAGAGAAGACACUGCUGUUGAGAAAUAUCGGAACAGAUACCGCGAGAUUCACAGUUGGCUUCAGUUCCGCAGCUUUUUCAGCGAGUCCAUCAAGCGGGGAACUUGAACCUGGGCAGUUGAUGCAGAUGACGGUAGAAUUCAGUCCCCUGUUCGCGAUGAAGUACGAGGCGGAAAUGAGAAUUUCCUACGACACAGGGGAAGAAAUUUUCUCUGAUCUUCAAGGAAAUGGAAUCAGUAUCGAUGCGCGAUUGUCUCACAAGAGUAUUUCAAUAAUGCCUACCUACAUUGAAAUGGCGAAUUUUCAAAUCUUCAAGAUAAUGAAUAACUCAAGCGAAACCGUGAAGUACUUCUUUUCAAGCUACGCAUUGAAGGAAGACGAAGAUAUAGCGAAAACUGCGACGCUAGAAUCAAUUCAAGCGGAAGAAGACAAGGAACGAAAAAGAUUUCUUGAAGAACAAAGCGCGAAUCCCGAGCUUGCUGAUAAGAUUUCUAUCCUCACAAAAUCCUUCCAGAACCAGCGAGAUCUGAUUUCUACAGAUCCAAUGGUGCUAGAAGAAGCAGAGUUGGAAAUUUCGCCAGUCGAAGGAAUCAUCCUUCCGGGCAAAGAAAUGGAGGUUCACGUGGUUUUCAAGCCAGAUCGAAUCGGACAGUAUAAGAAAACUGUUUUCUGUGACAUUCAAGGUCGCGAAAAUCGAAUUCCAUUGACGAUCGAAGCUCGCGGAAUCGGACCGCAGCUUCGGCUGAGCUACGAUUCUGUCAAUCUUGGAAAAAUUUUCGUCGGUUCAAAGCACACUUAUGAAAUUGUGAUGAAAAACCGCGGGGAAAUUGAGGGAAUCUUUUCAAUUCGAGAAAAGAAAUCAGAAAUUCGGAACCAAUUUUCGUUCGAUCCAACAGAAGGGAUUGUCAUGAAAGAUGGUUAUCAACUAAUCAACCUGUCGAUUGAUGCGCAGCUUCUUGGAUCAUUCGAAGAAGAAUUCAAGUUUGAAAUCGAUGGGACAAAUACAGAGUUGAGCCUCAAGGUUUCUGGUGAAGUUAUUGCUCCAAGCAUGUCGUUCGAACUUGAAAAACUGAAUCUCGGCCUGAUCUCCACGAGUUUUGAAAAAUCAACUACAAUUUCCCUCAAAAACAUUUCCCUCGUUCCUGUGAAUUUUGUAAUCAAGUCGACAGCGCGAGAAAUUUCAUUCGAUAUCAAUGAGGGAUUUCUUGAAGCAGAGGAGUCAGUGGAGCUCGAACUGGUUUAUAACGGAGAUGAACAGAAAGCAUUUGAAGGAUCUGUCUACGUCGACAUUCCAAAUAUAGCUGAGCGUGUUGCAGUUCUUCCGAUAAAGGCUCAAGUCCAAUCACCACCGGUUCAGCUUACAGAAAGCAUUCUCGACAUUGGCUGCUUAUUUCUCGGCCAUGAGUACCACGCCUCUUUGACUCUUCAAAAUGACCAUGCUCGUCUUUCCGCGCGCUAUCGACUUCUACCUCCUGUUGAUGCUUCCCUCAAAGUUGAGUCCUUUUAUCCUGAAGGCUGUGUGGAUCCAGAUUCAAAUUUUGUCGUUCCAAUAACAGUAACGCCUUCCAAACUUGGCGCGUUUAACAACACCGUCGGCUUAAAAAUGGCCGGAAUAGAUGAACCGCUGAUGACGACAAUAACUGGCACUGUUGCAGGACCUGUAUUAAUUCCUAUCGAGACAAAAGUAGAUCUAGGGAAUGUGAAAGUGCUUGUGCCUCAAAAAAAUCCUCAUAAAAUCACGCUGCAGAAUGAGUCUCCGAUUCCUGCGAAAAUAUCUGUGUCAAUGAGAAAGGAUCAGAAUAUUUGGAAGCUCGAAUACCCAGAAAUUGUGGAGCCAGAAUCACACGCUGAGAUUUUAAUAAACGCAGUCCUUGAUGAUACCCUUGAUUUUAGAGAUGAAAUGGUUAUUGAUGUUGAACACGCAAAUCAGAUCAUUAUUCCUGUUCGAGCAAAAGGAAUCGGUACUACAAUCGUGGCCCGACCGGCUCUGGGCGGACCAAAAGCAGGGUUAGAUCUGGGAUGUCAAUUUGCUACGAGAGAAUUUGGAAAAGAAAUCACCUUCACAAAUUUCGGAAGAAGGCAUCAUGCGCUCACUUGGUUUGUAGCCGGUUACGAACGACUUUCGCAAAGAGACAUUAACGAGAGAAGGGCUUAUGAAGAGCGGAAAAGAUCAAAAGAUGUAAAAUUCAAAAGCGCACCUGACUUGCCUCCACCACCACAGAGCAUUUUCGAGCUGUCAAAGAUGGAUUUUGAGUUGGAACCAGGGCAAAGUAUCAAAGUCAAGCUCUUAGGCCUAUCGCCGGAACCUGGAACAGUUCGAGAGACACUCCAAUGCCACGCUGUUAUCGGUCGGAAAAAAGGACGAGAGCGAAUCUUCAGCAUUCCAAUUCACUGUCAAUUCAUCGAACCAGUCCUUCUUAUUUCUCAAAAGAAACUAGAAUUCAGAUUCGAUAAGGAUACUAAAGACGAGCUUCAGGAUGUUGAAGGAUCGACAGAAAUUACAAACAGUGGAGAUGUCGAUUUACGCUUUGAUCUCAAAACUGUUUCGCCAUUUUAUGUUGGAAAAGUUGGUGAGAAAUGUGUCAGUCACAUUUUAUCCCCUGGCCAAACUGUAGAAGUCAACGUCGUUUUCCAUACUGGCUUCCAGAAGCAUUACAGAUCUUCACAAACAAUUUCUCAGCUUCUCAUUGAUUACAAAGAUCAUCCAAGUAAGGAUGUCGUCGAGCUUGUUGGCGAACUAAACUUUCCGAAUAUCGAGUUCAAUCACGCGGACAUCAACUUUGGCCCGAUCAGAAACGGAACUGAAAAAGCAGCAGUUGUUACAAUGUCGAAUAAAUCGCCAAUGACGACAGAAUAUCGCUGGUGGUUCGAGAUUGACGAUGAGUUGGGAGUUUUUUCAAAUCGAAAAGAGCAACAGGACGCUCUUGUUCGAUCUGCAUCUGGGCUUGGUACAAGUGCGCCUUCUCGUGAAGCCACGAAUACUGACGGAACAGAACCUGAGCUUGCUGAUUUAGCCAGAGAUUUACCAGGUAUCGACGAUGUUUUUGACAUUCGUCCAAUUUUCGGCAAACUGGAGCCUGGAGAGCAAAUUCAAACAACAAUUCUAUUCAAUGGUCAUCAAGACAUCAAUGCUCUCUGUAGAGCUGUUUGUGAAGUAGACGGCGGGCCACAGUACGAGCUGAACAUUGCUGGAGCUUCCGCUGAUGUGAGAUACAGUGUGUCAAGCGAGACGAUAAAAUUUGGAAAAGUGAUGUUCGACAGUUUGGCCGAGAGACAAUUCACGCUCAAGAAUACUUCUCUUGUUCCUUUUGAUUUCUCCCUUUUGGGAGGAAUAAAAGAUUUGUCAGCAAUCAAUCACGACGAGUUUUUCAUAUCUCCAACUCACGGUCAUCUUGGAUCCUUUGAAGAGGCCAAGAUUACGAUAAUUUAUCUUCCUGGCUUCCCGCACAACUUUGAGAAAGCAUUUUCUCUUAUUGUUGCUGAUUUUCUUCCGGCUGAGAUGAAAAUUACUGGAAAUGCAGUUUUCCCUAGAAUAUCUCUUGAUUUGCCUAGAAAAGGAGGAGAUGAAGAUCUUUCCGCUAUCAUCGAUCAUAUUCGUGGAGAUAUGGAGAAGGAACGGCCGGAUAUUUCGGAGCGGGAAAUCGAGCUAGAAGCAGAAAGACUCAUCAUUUCGGCAAAAGCCCAGGAUAUGCCUGCUCAUGAGCUGAUGAUCUACCAAAAACGACCUCCUUUCUAUUUGGCAGACUAUGAGCUUGAUCUUGGACCGGUUAUUCUCGGUGAUGUUCGAAAAGCACUCAUUAGAAUCGAUAAUUUCGGAGACAUGCCUGUUGCUUUUGCACCUGAUGUACGGGAGUUGGAUAAUUUUGGCUUCUUUUGCGAAGUCUCUAGAAUUGGGAAAAUGGAGCCGGGUCAUACCGUCUCAGUAGAAAUCACAUUCGAUCCACGAUCUGUUGACUUACCAGUUGGUCAAGUCGGUCCAGUAUGUGUUCCUAUUCAAAUCGAGCGAGGACCGGUAGUGAAUCUUCAUAUAAAAGCUUUGGUUACAAUGCCUAGACUUCUAGCCACUCUGGAUAAACAAAACACUCCAGAGCCAAGAAUCAACGUUGCUUUUGGCGAGGUAGAAUGUGGUCGAGUAAAAGUCGUGACUGUGCAACUCUACAAUGAGCUGCAGGUUGAGUCAUCCUGGAAAUGGCAAAAGUACAAAGACAAGAGAUUCUUCAUUGAUCCUCGACUUCCAUUGCACCAGAAAAAGGCACUGAAAGAAGCUCAAAAGCCUCUCCCGCGAAUCUUUCAAGUAUUUCCAGAAGAAGGCAUUCUAGCGCCGGGAGAACGAUCUACAGUUCAGGUGGAAUUCAUGCCGACAGAAGAGAGCACUUUCGAAGAAAAUCUUCUCAUCUUUGUCGACAACUCAACCCAACGAAUGGAAUUUAACGUCUCUGGCUCUGGAGUUUGUCCAAGUCUCAUUUUCUCCAAAUCACCGAUUGAGCUCGGUCCCAUUAUGCCUGAUUCUGCGGGAGCAACAGAAACUUUCAGCAUCAAAAAUAAUUCAAAAGUCGAGGUGGAAUUUUACUCGUUGGACUUUGAUGAGAAAUAUUUGAAAGAAGAAGAGAUGAUAAGAAAUUUGGCCGAGAAGAACUUUAAUGCAUUCCAAAACGUAAGAAUGCCGACUCGAAGACCCGGGCAGAGCUUACCCUUUAUCGAAUACAUCAAAGAGGAGACUCCUCCUUCCGUUUCAGAAGACGACGAAUUGAUCAAAACUGAGCCUAAGGACCCUCUCGAGCUCGCGUUGGAGAAGCACUCUGGAAUCGACAAUUCGCCAGAAGGUCUUGCUGCGCGAAAUCGACUUGGUUUCAGUGGAAUUAUCUGGGGAGCGCCGUUCAGUGGCAAGUCAACUUUGGCAAAGCAAAUGUCUGAAAAAUACGAUACUGUUGUUGUAACCAUCGAUGAAAUACUCGCGAGUGCAGUUCAGUCCCCUAAAUCAGCUGCGAGCAAAACAGCUCGCGAAAAGUGCGAAGAAGAGUCAAGAAGAUUGGAACAGGAAAGAAUGAAUGCAUUGGAAUCAGAAGAUACGACAAAGGAAGCUCCUGCGUUGAGAGAUGAUGCCUCUGUGAUGACUAUGAGAACCGGUGUCACUCAGAAUACAAGCAAGCCGUCGAGAAGAGGAGGAAAGGUCAAGAAUAUCCCGGAAGAGCCAAAAGUCCAAAGCCUUCUUCCCCAGAAAAACAUCGAGCGUCUCGAAAGCGAACUUACCGACGCUGCAGAAGCUAACCGCCCACUGGUCUCAACAGUUUUACCAGUCGAUCUCGCCGCUGAAAUCAUCUCAGAAAAACUUCAAGAAAAAGAAUUCUACAAAGGAGUGAUUUUCGACGGAAUAGAGUCGAGUUUUCUGACAAAGCUCAAGGACAGCAUGGAAGUUUUGCUGAAAGCACUUAACAAUCGAAAACAUCUUCGGGUGUUUCAUUUGCCACUCACCAUGGCAGAUUACCUGGAAAGGGUUAAAAAAGCAAAGCGCAAAGCAGAAGAGGAAGAGGCAGAACGGGUCAGGAAGGAGAUGGAAAUGAUCAGAGAUAUGACCGAGGACGAGUACGAUGCGUUGCCAGAAGAAGAACAGAAACGAAUUGACAAUAUUCGACUUGCGAAAAAGAAAGAACGUAUCGCUGAGGAAAAAAGAAUUGCAGAGAAAAAGCGAGAAGAAGCCGAACGACUAGCUGAGCUCCAAGCAGAAAGCGCGAAGAAAAAAGGGAAGGGCUCAAAAUUGCAUCUCAAUAAGAGCGACUCGACGAAAUCUUCAGCUCCGCGAGCUCGCUUAAAUAGCCGACAAAGCCGAGUAACUGACGAUCAGCCAGGACUUAGUCGAGCCUCAAGUUCAAUGGGAGAAAACAGCACUGCACCACCACCAACACGGGAUCGCGUUCUCUCUCGAGCCGAGAGUGUUGCUUCAUCCCUGCAUCUUGGACGGAGAAAAGGCAGAAAAAUCUCAGAACAAACUGAUCUUCCUGAACAAUCACCAGCUGAAAAACUAAUUGCGCUCCGCUUUUUCAAUGCUGCUGAAACGCAACUUGAGCCGAGUGAUAAAGUAGAGUGGAUAUUGAAAUACUGGAAUAUGGUCGAACAAGAUGUUAUCUCACAAGUAAAACAGACUCAGGAAGAUGAGUCGCCGAAGAAAGUGAAAUCAAGAUUAAAACCGGAAGAAAUAAAAGCCGAGGAAGAAAGAAUUGCGGCGGAGAUUGAGAACGAAUUGAAAAAGGAAGAAGUCGGCGUGAUUAUGAUCGAAAUUGAAGCCGAGUGCGAGCCCCCCUCGCUCGAAAAAAUCUACGAACAGCUACCAACUGUUGAAGAAGUAGACGACGACCUAGGUCUUGGAGUAAACGGACCACCAAUUCCUGAGCCUAUCGAAUUCACGGUCGUUCCAAAGCCGCAAAGACGCCAACCGCCUUAUUACGACAAGCCGAAGUUCUUCGAUCUAAUUGCUUUGAAUCAAGACGAUCCAAAUAUCCACUCAGAUGAUCGUAUUCAAGAAUCACUGACAGAAUCAGUAAUGACGGAAGCAAGUGACAAACCAUCAAGCAGCUCAAAGAAAAAUCGAGGUAAGGGAAGAGGCUCCAGCAAUGCGAGCAGAGCAAAAACAGAUCGCCCAACUCCAUCGCCACUCCCGGAAGCAGAAACGCAGCCAGAAGACAAAUUUUAUCGACUGCAGGAUUAUCGAUGGGUCUUACAGCCAGGCGAAGAAGUGACGCUUAGGGUCAAGUUCGACUGCAACAAAGUCGGAACUAUCGAUCGAGAACUCUCAUUCGAGACAGUUAGCACACGACAAGUCUUUAAAAUAGCAGUCCGUGGAGUUUGCGUAUUCCCAGACAUUGUCAGAGAUAUCAAGAAAAUCUUCAUGCCACCCAAGUCAGUCGAAAGUUCAGAUGGAAUUGUCCGACCAGUCGGGACUCUUGUCGAAAAGAAAAAGAAAACAAUCGUCAAAUUUGAACCGGCGCUCAUUGGGAAGAUGGAAUCGAAGGAAAAAGAUUCUGGCGCUGCUAAGUUCAAAAUUGUCAACUCUGGUCCCCUUGAAUCUGAAGUUACAUUUGCCAUGAAAAAAGGAGACUCCGUUUUUACACUUGAACCGUUCAACAUGAAUCUGGCUCCGUUUGAGAAGAAGAUUUUGACAAUAAAUGCUUUCCCGAAAUCUUCUGGAACUCACGAUGACGCUCUUAUCGUCUGCGUGUCCGACAACCCUGUUCCUGCGAUUUUCCCCGUUCAAGUAACCGGAGUACGCCCAGAAGUUCAAAUAUCAUGGAACGGCGAAGGAAAACCAAUUAACUUUGGAAAAGUUCUGCUCCAUCGUCUAUCGAGUCAGAUUUUGCAUUUGUUCAAUCCGACUGAUCUCCCAAUAAACUGGAGAAUAGAAGGCUUGGACAACCUGGGCGACGAAUUCUCAAGAAAUUGCGAUUCGGGAACUAUCAAUCCGAAGGAAACUUUUGAUUUCAUCCUUGAUUUCAGAGCGCUCAAAGCUCAGAACCACAAGCGAAACAUACGCCUUGUCGUGAGCGAUACUGACAAUAUCAUCGGCGACUGUCAAUCCGAAACGAUUCCAGUUUUCGCAGAAGCUUACGAUGUAGCUAUGGACAUGAGCUUUCCAAAGGGCUGCGAUGGCGGGCUAGAAUUCGGCACAAUCAAGGUUCAUGAUGAAAUGAAGCAAGUUUGUACGUUGAAAAAUCGCGGGCGAUAUGAGAUUUCGUUCAAAUUUACUCUCGAAGAUCAUCUUUUCAACAGCGAACUGUCGCGCUUUUUCAAAAUCAUGCCGCAGCAGGGCUCUUUAUUGCCCAACGAUAGGCCGAUGCAAGUAAACAUCGUUUUCAACCCACCUGAAGAGUUCCACCUGGCUAAUCUUCCGAUAAUCAAAUGUCACGUGAUAGAAGCAGUAAUCGGCGAAACUAUCGCAGCGAUUCCGAUCAAAGUUUCCGCUCGAUCAGUGUUUUCUCAAUAUGUGAUCACGCCUUCCAAAGAUGUCAAUUUCGGCCCAGUUCCGUAUGGAAAUCAUAAACGAAGCUUUGAGAUUGAAAAUCAUGGAGAAUUCGAUUUCAAGUUCGCUAUUUCGAAACUGGUUAAACCUGGCUCUCCACCAAAGUCAGAGCGGCCGAAGAGAACCAAAGAUUCGCGCCAGAGCUCCGCUCAGUCGAGAAGACCUGGUCAACUGACUAGAGAGCAGACACAAGUUAUGAAGCUCGCUCAUGGGCCUUUUAUUAUCUCACCUGGCUAUGGAAAUGUUCCGGUUGGAGGAUCAAUCGUCAUCAAUGUUGACUGCAAUGUAGAGGCGUCAAAGAAAUUCGAAGAAUUCAUCGCCAUUGAAAUCGCAGACAGAGAUGUCCGUAAAAGCCCGGCAGGAAUCAACUAUAAACUGAUUGCAGAAGGAUGCCAGCCAGUUAUUGACACAAAGAAUAUCGAAGCGAUCUUUGAAGAACACAGAAUUCUUCACUCAAUCGAAGAAGCAAUUCAUUUGCCACUCUUUGACUUGCAAUGUGGCAUCUAUGGCCAGAUGGAGAGUCAGUUCAACUUUCCGUUUUCCACAGUCGGCGUUCCGAAUUCCGUUCGCUUCAAGAUCCUCAACCCUUCGAAACUACCCUGCGAUUUCGUCGCUUCCGUUAAACCACUUAUUCCAAAAGACAGACAACGGGUUUCAGACAGCUUCGAAUUUGACCCACCACGGGGUCAAAUCACUCCACAUGGAAGUGUUUUUGUAACAGUAACAGUCAAGCCAAAAGCAAUUGGUGAAUACUGCGCCCUAUUUGAAGCGGCUGUGGAAGGCGCACCAAAAGCUAAGCCGUUGGUUUUUACGAUGAAAGCUGAAGCUUACUUGCCGAGAGUAGAGCUUGUCCAUCCUGCCGCAAACCCUACCGAUGGUAUGAGACGACUUAAUUUUAGAAAUGCGAUGAUUGGAGAAAUGACUUCAACAAACAUACAGCUUCGAAACACUGGAAGACUCCCAGCAAGGGCACGGCUGGCGAUUUCAGACUCACCCGCAUUCAAAAUUAUGGAUAAAGAAGAAAUCAUCAAUGAAAGAACUGAUGUUUGUCUCAAUCAAGGAGAGACGAAGAUCCUUGAAGUGUUCUUCUGCCCUGCUGAUAUCGGCAACUUCGAAGCUGAGCUCGCCAUGAAAAUCAUCAACAACGACUUUGAAAUCAGCGAAGCUUUGCUUUUCGGCGAGUGUAUUCAACCUGACGUUAUGUUGACAAAUCUCCCGUCAUUGCCUACUAAUCUUCUUGGAAAAUACUCGCAAGCUGCUCUUGAUUUUGGUGGAAUAGCAAUAAACGAAACGCAACGAAAGAGCUUCACGAUUUCGAAUAAUCUCAAUUCUGCAGUCCGAUUUGAAUGGGAUGAGCAUCACGCGAUUUCGUUCGAGCCCUCUGUUGGGCAUAUUCCGGCUAAGUCGACCAUUGACAUUCUCGUCGCUCUGCAAUCAUCGGAAACGAUCGAACUUGACGGCGAUGUUGUGGAAUGCACGAUUUUACCGAUUAUUUACGAGGAAGAAAGUAGUACGGUUCAAUGGGAUGACCGGCUCAAAAUAAUCAAAUGGAUCGACGGCAAAAACGCAUCAGGAGGACGAACCAAGGAAAAAGUCAUUGAAACAGAAGAAGAACCAAAAUAUGAAACAAAUGGAGAUGCUCGCGCUUUGCCAAUUUAUGUUUCUGGAAUCGUCGAUUAUUCAAGACCAGAGCUAGAAAUUGAAGAAGUCAACUUUUCGCAAGUCGAGUUGUUCAAUCAAACGAGGAAAGAGAUAACUCUCAAGAAUACUGGCUCAACAAUCGUUGAUUUUACUUUUGACUUGGUUGACAGAAACACGGGCGAGAGCCUUAGGCCUUCAACAGCUUCCAGAUCGCAUAUUCACACAGCUGUGCCCUUCAACAUGCGCGACCCAGUUUUCAGCCUCCAUCCGGACUCCGGAAGGCUCAAGGAAGGCGAAUCAAUGCAGAUCAGUGUCUUUUUCAAUCCAACAGAAAAGAAAGAUUAUGAUAUGACAGCAUUUUGCCGCGUGCCGAACAUGGAAAAUUCUGGUGCUCUGACAAUGGCUUUGAGUGGAUCUGGAUUCACACCGGGGGUGCAGUUCAUGUUGCCUGAAGUUCACUCUCCUCAUUUCAACAAACACAAGGUUUCUUUAGAAAGAAUAAAUGAAGAGCAACUUCUAGUAAAACUCGAGCCAGUUGGACUUGGAAAGAAAUACAUCACUUCAAUCUGGAUCCUAAAUUCUACCGGAGACGAUCUUCCGUGGUCUCUAACAAAACGAAUCGGAAACAAUACGGAUGCUGAUGAAUCUUUAGUGUGCAAUACUCCGUCGGGUUCAUUACUUUCAGGGCGCAAGCAAAUCUUAAAGUUUGAAUACUCGUCCAAAAUCUCGAAAAAAUCCAUCGAGACUUGGAUCUUUAAAGCUGGCCACAUCGAACAGGUCAUCAGCGUCCAAGCAAUGCCUCGAGAGCCAGUGCUGAUCGUCGAUACAACGCACAUCUCUUUCCCAGAUUUAAUCGCCAAUCAUACGCAGAAGAAAUCGUUCAAAAUCGUCAACCCAGAUCCCACCCCCGUCAAGUUCAAAAUCAACGACGAUCCAAAAGCAACUCAAGCUGCUGGCUGGGACUUACAGCUUUCCGAAAAAUCUGGAAUUAUUCAGCCAAAAGAAAGUAUCGAAGUCGAAGUGUCGGUGAGAACCAAAUUCCCUGGUGAACUCGCUCAUCCUUUGAAUAUCCUUGUUGAUGGCAAAAUUUCACCAUUGUCAGUUUACGUCAAGGCUUUUGCACAUGAAAUGUCGGUAAAUAUAUCAUCUCAUGAAGAAAACGGCAUGUCGGUAAUGUUCAACCCGAAAGUGAAAAAUCCGAUUAAUUUCGGCGUCGUCGAAGUCAAUACAAAAGUCAUGCGAACGUUAAAAAUCAGCAAUCAGUCCGAACAUGCGGUAGCCAUCGAUAUCAAUUUGCCAAAGAAAUUCAGAAGACAGGUUCAACUAGCGUUUCAAAAUGAUCUUGUCAUACCUCCACUCGAGACUGUUGAGGGCAUUCUCACCUACUCCCCAACGCGACCUGGAAGCACUUUGGACGGGUGUGAUUUGAAAAUUCAAGUUCAAUUUGGAGAGACUUUCAAUAUCGCUGUUCGAGGGUCCGCUCGUUGCCCACCCGUUCUUUUUAAUCCUUCUCAACUUGACUUUGGGUCUCGGUUCAUUUACGAACCGGGUAUGCCAACUUACAAAACACAGAUCCAAAUUUCCAACCCCUCCGAUCAACAGAUCUCCUUAGACUUGGCCAAGUCAGAAGCUUCAUCAUGGAUUGAGGUUGAUUUCAAACCGAUCGUUUUGGAGCCAAAGAAGUCAACGAACGUUUUUGUGUCUUUUAAGCCAAAAGCUGCCCAAGAGUUUUCCGAAGAAAUCGUUUUCAUCGUCAAUGGAGCUUCAGAAUUCAAAUUACCGGUGACUGGUACUGGUGUGAAUCUUUCUAUCGGAUUGAAAACGAAGCUCAAAGACAGCGAACUCAAACUUGGAGCGCGUCAGCUUGGUGCGAUUGCUAGAAAGAAAUUAACAAUAGUGAAUAGAUCCGUUGUUCCUGUCGACUUUCAUCUGCAGAUGAAUUCAAAAGAAGAAGUUCUUCAAGACUCGAGAACAUUCUACCUUACUGGGUUCAUUCCAGGAGAGGCGAUUCAUCUGGAACCUCGAAAAACAAGAGAGAUAGAGGUGGUAUUCGCACCAAAAACCCGCAUCCAGCAGUUCAAGACUGAUAUAAUCCUCGAAGCUUACGGUCAACUGAAGAAGCUUGUCACUGUCUCCGGAAGCUGCGUUGCGCGUUCGAUGGAGCUUGACUUGGACGCGAUUCCCUUCGGUCCGAUUAUUCAAGGAUCGACAAGUGAAAAACGAGUCAUGAUUAAAAAUACGGGCGAUAUUGGUGCAAGCUUCAAGUGGGACACUGCAGCUCUGGGCAAAUAUUUCACCAUCAGUCCUGCUAAAGGAUAUCUUUCUCCAGGAACUCAACAGCCUCUGGUCGUUGUUUUUGCACCCAAGAAUGUCAGUAGAGAUGUUCGCGCAGAACGAGUCAGAUGCGAAAUCGAAGGUCUUUCACAGCCGCUACAGUUGACUCUUACAGGCAGUUCUCUUCCACCAACACUGACAAAAGAUGCUCCAAUUAUUUUCAACGCUACAGUGCGUACAAGCGAUACGAAAUCAAUCACUCUUAAAAACCCAACGAAUCAACGCUGGUCAGUGCGAGUUCAACUUCGCGGUGCUUACGCUCACUUCUGGCAGCCUGAAAGCGAUCUGCUUAUCAUCGAGCCUCAGCUGCAGCGAUCGAUGAAUUUUACCUACACUCCGAUGGAAAUGACAAGUUCAAGUCACAAGCACGAGGCGAAUCUGUUCUUUCAACUUCCAGAUGGCCAAGGGCAAGCGUACGUUUUUCAGGGAAUUUCCGAGCCUCCGAAACUUAUUAAUCUUCCACAGCGGGAUAUUCCGGCAAAAUGCGCUUACGAAGAAAAGAUCAGGGUCGAAAACUGGCUGAAGAAAACACAACGCUUGGCUGUUGAAAUCGAGCCCAUCAAGCCAGAGAAAUUCGAUGCGAGCCUUGUUGUUGAUGGCAAAAAUCACAUUGACCUUGGAUCGCUAGAAACACGAGCUUAUACUCUCAGAGUCAGUUCUUUCAAAGAAGGCCUGGUCUCUGCGAAGGUCACCUUUAGGAAUCCGUCCACUGGAGAGUUUAUCGCGUAUCAGGUCAACUUCAAAUUCACUCAGCCAAAGCCGCAGUCUGAAACGAUUAAGCUUUCAUCCCAAGUGCGCCAGCUUGUUUCCCACACAGUUUCAAUACCCAAUCCUCUUCCGAAAGAGGUCGUGUUUACUUGGGAUAGCAAAUUAGCGGAUAUCAUCGUUCCACCGACUUUCCACGUGCCUCCACUUUCCACCGGCUCCUGCACUUUUGACUAUCAACCGUUGAAAACAGGCCAAACAGAAGGAACAAUCACCUGUUUUACACCGGAACUAGGUGCGUUCCACUUCCCACUCUUGCUCACCGCGAAACUCGCUGAUCCAGAACCAGUCGUUUCCUUCUCUGCGCCGCUUGGAAGCUCACAGACCAAGACGAUCCGCAUCCGAUCCUACACACGGCAGAAGACCGACUUCAUCAUCAAAUGCUCCUCUCCUCAGUUUAUGCAUGAAAAGUCUGUGUCCGCGCCGCAAUCGCCACCAAACGGGACCGAGAUCACCUUCGAAGUGACCUUUGAACCGACUCAAAUAGGUCGCCAAAAUUGUUACAUAACGUUGAAUUCGAACGCAGGAGGCGAGUACGAAAUCCCGCUGGUGUCGGAAUGCACGGUGCCCCAACCCCUCGGGCCGUUUUCCCUCAGGGCAAAGACGCAAAUUCCCAUUUCCUUUAAAAAUGUCUUUGCGGAAAGUGUUGAAUUCCACUUUGCCACUGCUAAUGGAUUGUUUACCGUGAACAAGAAGAAAGAAACGAUCAAGUCGAAAAAGUCGUUUUCACUACUGGUUGGAUUCGAGGGAAGUCCAACUGAUGAAAUCGUAACUUCAAAAUUGAUCAUUACGAGGAAAGACAUGCCCGGAAUCGCCUGGGAAAUGUAUCUAAGAGGAUCAAAUGAGAAAAUCUAA